AGCGCGCCAGACCCCGUGAGCCCUGCGCCCUGCCUGGCCCCAUCGCCCUGCCUGGCCCCAACGCGCCGCGACCCUACGCCCUGCUUUGUCGCCCUCCUUUCCUUCGCAGGACUGGAAAGAGCAGCGCUGGGGCUGGGCCAGGGACUGAGCGUCCCCCGGGGGAGAAGGUCCGCCUCCCAGGACUGACCUCUCGUGAUCCUGUGAUGUUCCAGGUGUGACCCUGACACGAGGCAGAAAUGGGGAAAAAACUGGAUCUUUCCGAGCUCACUGACGAAGAGGCCAAGCACGUCUGGGAAGUCGUCCAGCGCGACUUUGACCUUCGAAGGAAGGAGGAGGAAAGACUAGAGGGGUUGAAGGGCAAGAUUAAGAAGGAAAGUUCCAAGAGGGAGCUGCUGUCCGACACUGCCCAUCUGAACGAGACCCACUGUGCCCGCUGCCUGCAGCCCUACCGCCUGCUCGUGAACAGCAAAAGGCAAUGUCUCAACUGCGGCCUGUUCACCUGCAAAAGCUGCAGCCACGUCCAGCCGGAGGAGCAGGGCUGGCUCUGCGACCCCUGCCACCUGGCCAGAGUGGUGAAGAUCGGCUCGCUGGAGUGGUACCACCAGCUCGUGAGAGCCCGCUUCAAGCGCUUCGGGAGUGCCAAAGUGAUCCAGUCCCUCCACGGGCGGCUGGGGGGAGGUGGCCCUGAGCCCAGCCCCGGGGAGAAAAGUGGGGACGGUGAGCAGACGGACGACGAUGCAGAGCCGGACUCGGAGGCCCAGGCCCAGCCCCUUGGCAGCAAAAAAAAGCUCCUCCUGUCCUUCCAAGAUGUGGACUUCGAAGCAGACUCAGAUGACUCUACUCAGCCUCAAGGUCGUCCCCGGAGGCUGUCCUCCGUCCCCGGGGCCACGGACAGCCUGCAGUCCCUCACAGACGAGCCCUGCUCGGACGAGGCAGCCCCCCGCUCAGCUGCAGGCCUGGAGGAGGCCCAUGCGGGGGCCGCUGGGGGCCGAGCCCACCCAGGAGAGCAGCCCGGCAGCCUCUCGUCUUCCGGACAGGACAACCUCGCUGAGCUCUGCCUGCCCGGAGACCCUCGAGGGAUGGCCGCGGGCAUGGCGGCUGCACCAGGGAGGGGCGUCGCCGGCAGCCUGCAGCUGCCCCCCCAGUACCUGGCCGACGUGGACACCUCCGAUGAAGACAGCGUCCGGGCCGGCAGGGCGGCCGCCCACCACCCCAGAAGGAGAGGCCAGGCUGUGUCCGAGAGCCAGAUCUCUGAGCUGAAUAAGCGCAUGUCAGCCGUGGAGCGCCUGCUCACCCGCCUGGAGAACUCAGCCGGGCCUCCCCCAACCAAGAGUCCCACCGCUGGGGCGCACACGGACGCCGACCGAGAGUUGGAGACGCUGAAGCGGAAGCUGGAGGAGCUGACCAGCAACGUCAGCGACCAGGGGGCCUCGACUGAGGAAGAGGAGGGCAAGGAGGAAGGGGCAGAGCCAGACAGCAGCGGCGCCCUCACCCUGGUGGGCCCAGAGGGGUGCACAGCGGCAGGCCAGACGUACGGACAGGACGCCAGCCCUCAGGGCCGCGGGGACCCCGCCUGGCACAACAGGACCACAGACGAGGAGCUGUCGGAGCUGGAGGACAGAGUGUCCCUGACGGCGUCUGAGGUUUCAGACAUCGAAUCCCGCAUCGCAGCCCUGAGGGCCGCGGGGCUCACAGUGAGGCCGUCGGGAAAGGCCCGGAAGAAGUCCAGCCUCCCGAUAUUUCUCCCCCGGGUUGCCGGGAAGCGUGGCAAGAGUGCGAAGGACCCGGACACAGGCUCUUCCGACGAGGUCAAGGCAACAGCCGCGCCCUAUCUUCUAAGGAGAAAGUUCGCUAAUUCCCCAAAAGGUCCAGGUGAAGACGAUGAUUCCUUCGAUCGGAAAUCCGCGUACCGCGGCUCCCUGACCCAGAGAAACCCCAGCGGGAGGAAGGGAGCCGCCAACCACGUCUUUGCGAAACCCGUGAUGGCCCACCAGCACUGACGGGGAGGCCGUGGGGCAGGGCAGAGAGGCAGGGUCGCCCUGCACUCGCUGGCCCUCUACCACCGCCACCAUGUCCCUCAUUGGCUCUGCACUUCCUGCUAUCCACGGUCACCUUACAGCAAGAAACACCUGCCCACAUGGACCCCCACCUGUGAGAAGGAACACCUGGCUGCGUGGACUCCCACCUGCAAAAUGACAGCAGCUCUCAGUCCUUUGCUGUUGACCCAGGCUCACUGACGACUUCCACGGCCACCCCGUCAGCCUUCUGAUAUACGAGAAGUAGCUAAGCUGGCGUGACUUUAGGACACUGUUGUUUAAACUUUUUGAAGGACACACAGAAGACCCUUUCCACUCGCUCUUUCACCCCUUUCACUCUGGGCUUUGGUAUGUUGCUUUCCGUGAACGGGAUGGGAAAGAGAAGACUAUGAGGGCACCA